AAUAUAGCAACAUUGUGAUAAGAAUUCUUGCCUAUUGUAUUAAAAAUAACACAAAUAAUUCUAAUGUAUGAGUAAUUUUCAAACGGAUCUCAGCAUAAUUCCGAAACUCUCACAUAAUGUAGUUUAGUGUUUAAGCCUACUUAGAAACUUGUGUACAAAAAUGCUGAAAUGGAAAAAGUUAUUAAUUUUAAUUAUACUGCUGGUCUUGUUUGUCUUAAUACUGCGACAACUGUUACAAGAUCAUGAUGAAAAGAAACGACAACGUGAAUUCAGAAGAUCAAAUGCCAUUCCCUUGAUAAUAUGGUGGACACCGCUAAUGAGCGGCUAUACGGAGACCCGUAUGUGUGAAAAGUACUUUUGUAAAUUUACUGCACGCAGAGAUGAAAUAGAUAAUGCUAAGGGCUUUCUAUUCUACGGAUCUGAUGUAAAGAUUGAUGACUUUCCCUUACCACGUCAACCUCAUCAUUUGUGGGGUCUAAUGCACGAAGAAUCUCCUCGAAAUGUUGCUUUUAUGCCAUACAAUGAUUGGUUGCAACACUUCAAUAUUACCUCCACCUUUAGUCGUCAUAGUAAUUUACCACUGACCACUUAUUAUUUGCCAAAUCCCGAUAAUUUAACCACACCCGCCUACACUGUUCCUAUUGGAGAGAAAUCUAGACAUAAGGACCAAGCACUUGUGUUAUUUAUGCAAUCGGAUUGUGACACCAUGUCCGGACGUGAUGAUUAUGUUAAAGAGUUGAUGAACUUUAUAAGUGUGGAUUCGUUUGGAGCAUGUUUAAAUAAUAAAGAAUUGCCAGAAAGUUUACAAAAAAUACAACAUGAUUAUCUUAACCAUUUGUAUGCUCCCCAACUUUUGAAAUUUAUGGCUCGUUAUAAGUUUAUCAUUGCAUAUGAAAAUGGCGUGUGCGAUGAUUAUAUUACAGAAAAAUUUUGGCGUCCCCUCAUUGCUGGCUCCAUACCUAUUUACUUCGGUUCUCCAAGCAUUGUAGAUUGGUCCCCAAAUAAAAAAUCAUUUAUCGACAUCUCUAACUUUAGCAGUCCCGAAGCAUUAGCAACAUUUUUGAAGGAAUUGGACUUAAAUGAUAGAGCUUAUAAUUCGUAUUUAAAUCAUAAAUACAAUAUCUUGCAACCUAUCACCAAUAAACGACUUUUAAAUGAACUAGCUCGUCGUAAAUCUGCCAUGUAUAGUGACAAUCAAUUUCAAAGUUUUGAAUGUGCCAUUUGUUCUCAUUUACAUGAACAUGGCACAAGUCAAAAACUCAUGGCCAAUGAGCAUCAUUAUCAAUGUCCUCACAAACCCGUUUAUCCACCCAUGACUAAUAAGGCAUCAAAUUAUGAUGAUUGGCAUUCGGUAAUGUCAAUAGGAAAAUGCAAAGCAGCACUAUUGAAUAAACUACUUAAACGUAACAAAAAUUAUACCAAAGACGAAUUUAUGGACUUAUUGACAAAGGAAGUAACAUUGGGUAAAUGUUAGAAAUAUAUAUAAAUGUAUGUAGUAUUUAUGUAUGAUUAAAUUAAA